GGGAUGAGCGUCGGGGAACAUGGCGGUUCCGUGGAGGCGUUGUUGGAACUGGCUUGCAAACUCCACUAAUGCAAAUCUAUUAGAGACAGUUAGCUAUUUUAAUGCCACGUCUGCUCCCUUCUGCCUGUCGUCUCCGAGAAGGACUGUAUCCGUGGCUGGAGUGAAGAACGAGGGACAACCUCCAUCACGACCUGUGUACAUAAAUCCAAUUUUUAGGUCAUUUGUUAACAGGCACAAAUCAACGUUGCUGCAUCCCACACAACAGGUUUGCUGUUGCAAAAGGAUACACAGCGAUGUGAAACCAAUAGACCCCUUUACACUAGCUCAGAAAGACUUAGCACACUUAUACGACGACAUCAAAAAGGAGUUAUUUGUGUCCAAAGCAGAGCUCAAGUCUCUUUGUGACUACUAUUUUGAUGGAAAGGGCAAGGCCUUCCGACCUAUGAUAGUUAUUCUCAUGUCCCGGGCCCUCAACAUCCACAGCAACAGAGAUGGAGAUCUGCUCCCAGGGCAGCGGUCAAUAGCAAUGAUCUCAGAGAUGAUUCACACUGCCAGCCUGGUGCAUGACGAUGUCAUAGAUGGCUCGGACAAGCGGAGGGGAAAGAACACCAUCAAUAAUGUGUGGGGUGAAAGAAAGGCGAUCUUGGCAGGAGAUUACAUCCUUUCAGCUGCCUCGAUGGCCCUUGCCCGUAUUGGAAACACCACAGUGGUUUCAGUGCUGUCACAGGUCAUAGAGGAUCUGGUACGAGGUGAAUUCAUGCAGCUUGGUUCAAAGGAGAACGAGAAUGAGCGAUUUAAACACUACCUCGAAAAAACCUUCAAGAAGACUGCCAGUCUUAUUGCAAACAGCUGCAAAGCAGCAUCCAUUCUGGUGAACUCUGACCCUGAAGUUCAUGAAAUAGCCUAUCAGUAUGGGAAGAAUGUUGGUAUUGCAUUUCAGCUGGUAGAUGACAUGCUGGACUUCACGUCAUGUGCCAGCCAUCUGGGGAAGCCCUCAGCUGCAGACCUCAAGUUGGGUUUAGCCACUGGACCGGUCCUCUUCGCUUGUCAACAAUUUCCUGAGCUCCAUGCGAUGAUCAUGAGACGGUUCAGUUCCAAAGGAGAUGUAGAUCGUGCCUGGCAGUAUGUUCUCCAAAGCAACGGUGUGGAACAGACUAGCUACCUGGCGCAGCGCUACUGUCAGGAGGCCAUCAGGCAGAUCAACAUGCUCAGGCCGUCUGCCGAGCGAGAUGCCCUCAUGAGGCUCACAGAGAUGGUGCUUACCCGAGACAAGUGAAUCGCCACCGCCAGUCUUCAUUCCAGGCAGCUACGCAAGCCUCUGGCGCACGGAGAAGAGACGGUGGUCAGGGUUCAACUCACAAUGAGCAAGGGGAGAGUAGCAACGAGUGUCAAUUACGACGAUUUGAUUUUAUUGACUAUGGUGGAGGGAAAAAAGAAAGUUACCUGCCAGAAUCAGUGCAAGGGAUCAAAACCACAGCAAGGGGUCCCCUUUGAACUGAGAUCCAUUGUGUCACUUGGCCCAAAGCACUCGCCACCCCUCUCCAAAAUAUACAUAGGGGUGGUUUACUGAACAAAGAAUGCAACAUUUACAUAUAUUUAAACAAGUGGGUUUCAAUGCAAUUUCUGUUGAAGGUCAUCUGAUUAAAUUUCCUGGUUGGCUUUACAAUAAGUGUCAGACAUGACUGGUAAUAUAGAUUGCAUUGAAAACUACCGAAUCACUGUUUUCUCUAUAUAUGGUACUGUAAACGCAAUUACCUCUCUGAGCCCAAACUACAGAUGAAGCAGUUUGUUUCUUGCUAGUAACAGGCUGGGGUGGAUUUGCAAAAUGUAUGUAAUUCCAAAUGAAAUGGAAGAGAAGUAUUGCCAUUGGUGUGUACACGUGGAUCUGUGUUAUGACUUGGAGAUCCGUCCACUCAACAGGCCAAAAGUCUUGUCAUGUCGACUUUUAUAAAAUCAAGAAAUGUUAUUAGAAUACUUGUGUAAAAAAGUGCUCUAUAAACAGUCAAGGCCUUAACAUCCACAAUGACCAUGUACUCAAAUUAAAAGUCUUUUUCAAGUUGAGCCUCCGACUCUCUUUGAUGCAAAUGGUCACACUCAUACGUAUUGUACAUAUAACUGUUUAUUAUAAAAGGCUGUACAUUAAUUUUUCAAUUAACAUUUUAUUAUAUACAAAUUAAGGGUAGAAAGAUAACUCAAUAGUUCUACCCAUGAAAUUGAGCUGAUACACUGGACAUCGGAAAGCAAACAGACAAAAUAUCAAGGCAUUAGCUGCAAUAUCCUGAAAUGGUACA